AUUGUAUUGAGCUGCCAAAAGACGUGGAAAAUGAAUUGAUGCAAUAAGGCACCUGUGCGGAUUCAACUGCGCAUGCGCUAAUCAUGCGUUAAUAAGCUGCAGCUUCGCGCACUCCCGAUUCUUCCACAAGACAACAAACACGAUGCUGGAGGCCCAAAUGGAGGACUGUCUUGUCCAUGGAGACUCUCCCCGUCUGGUGUGUGUGCUCCGAGAGGAAGGCGUGACAAACUGCAUGCUUACCAGACUGGACCAGCUGGUCAACAAGCUGAGCGGUGGCGAGUACGGCCAAGUGACCGUGGUCUUGAAGUCUUUGGAGAGUCUCGCGGAUAACAAAGACGACCUGAAGAUACUGCUCGACCUUGGAGUCACUGCCAAAGUUUUGCUGUGGUUCCAAACGUUACGUGACCUCUUGACCGCCGACCCCUUGAGAAGCUGCGCCCAGCUGGUCACGCUUACCUUAAGCUUCUUCGACUUCCUGCUUCUGCUGGGUCAGUCGUCUCUUCCAGUCCGUCAGCUAGCCGUGCUGCUUUUGGAGCUCCUUCAAAUGGUUCUGGAGCAGGAAGCCCCCUACUCUCUAAGAUUGGAGGCCAUCAGAACCUUCAACAUCAUCCUGGACUCUGUGAGCAUAGAUCAGAAGAGCAAUGUCCGAAAGGAACAGACACUCAUCCAGAAGAUGUCGCAGGUGGCGGCCGCCAUUCAGACCGCAGGAGACUAUGACCUGCAGGUGAGCCUAUCGGAGGCCUUGUGUCGUGUGACUCCAAGGGAGGAUCGAAGCCACAGAGCCAAUCACUGGUUCUCCUGCAUAGACAUCAGCAAAGCCUUCUGUGACAUCAGAGAUGCCAACUUUGAGGCGGACUGUAGGUGUUUCCUGAACUUUCUUAACCUUCGCCAUGGCGACCAGAGAAAGGUUCACACCUUCCCAUGUCUGAGAGCCUUCUUGGACUCCACAGAGCUGUUUCGCCCCAAAGACGACAAACUGGAUGAGUUCUGGGUGGACUUUAACUUUGGGUCACAGCGUGUCAGCUUUUUCAUAGACAUGCCUCAGGGUUUCCUGUGGGAGUCCAUCCACCUUCAGAGGGAGGACGUAAAUGAGUACAAGCUAGAACUCCAGCAGGAUGAAUGCACUGGGAGUCAGGCGGUCCUCAGUGUCCAGCUGAGUGUUCCCAUCUUGUACCUAAACACCAAAAGUUGGAGGGUGAAGCUGCUCUUCCGCCCUGAGCUCCUCGAAGCGCUGGAGGUGGCGGCCAGGACGGUCUUCGCUGUGUUUCAGGAAAAAAGUGGUGAAAAAUCUACCCCAGGGACCCGUAGACUCUACAACAGGAAGAAGCGACCAAGUCAGCUGAAGGUUCUUCCUCUGUCGUCCCCAAGCAGCGAUGAAGAUUCUUUCACCAAGAGGCCUCGUAUAAACCGAGCUUCAGUCCUCUUCGACCAAGUUGUACACUCUACGCCAUCGUACAACUCAGUUCCAGGCCUUCUUGUGGAGGCGAUGCCUAAGAGCUUUCAAGAAGAGUUGGACCUUUCUACAGCAACAAAGGAAGUUUCCAGUUUGGACAGGACGCGAACCCCUCAGGAGUCAGGCUACCUGUCAGAUGGGCUUGAGGCUGUGUUUGCACAGCAAGGCGUGGAACCCAAAAGGGUGGAGCCAAAAGAGUGGCCACUUCAGGAAGGGGUGGAGCCCUUUGAGGAGGAGGAAGAGCCUCUUAGAGACAAGGCAGAGCCAUCCUUGACAAACCAGCAGGAGACUGUCAAUGUUCUGGAGGUGGACACACAGUUCCAAUUGACUUCAAGCAUCCAAAAUGCCUUCAGCGUCUUCAAAACUAAACUAGAAGAACAUUACACUGGCUGCUGGCAGAAAGUGGAAUCUGAGAUUCAGUCGUCACUAAAAGACUGUCAGGAACAUGUCUCCUCGCUGCUCUCGGCUGUCCAUCAACACAGGUUGAUUCUGAUGCAGAGCUUUGAAAAUUCCAUCGCAGACCAGCUCAAGUGUUUGGAGGAAAACUCGACCAACCUUAACAACAUGUGCUCUCAGAUUCUAGGUUUUUUCCAGACGGAGAUAAAGAGACUGUCCGACUUCUGCGACCAACACCACCAGCGGUUGAGAUCCUUAGAAGAUGCAAGGGCGGAGCCGUCGUCCAGCCAAUGAGGAAAUGCUGAUGCAAUAAAUCCUACCUUGUAUUGGA